UGUGAGGGGUGGCGCAUGCGUGGAGGGGACGUUCUCUUCCUCGACCCUCCUCCUCUCUUUGCCGUCCCUUCUGUCAGUUGGGUCAUAACACCAGCAACUGCCGGAGAGCGGAGGGGCUGCAGGAGCCGGCUUGGCUGGGCUCUUCCUUUCCCUCCCGAGUCCCUCCAUUAGGAGAGUCCCCGUCGCUCUCCUCCAGUCAUCCCCCCACUCCUCUUCAUGCCAUGGACUCCCCUCCGAUGCUGUACCCUGUGAAGCUCUACGUUUACGACCUGUCCAAGGGCAUGGCUCGGCGCCUCAGCCCUAUCAUGCUUGGGAAGCAGCUGGACGGCAUCUGGCACACCUCCAUAAUUGUCCACAGGGAUGAAUUUUUCUAUGGAAGUGGUGGAAUCUCCAGUUGUCCACCUGGUGGGACGUUGCUUGGGCCUCCAGACUCUAUUGUAGACCUGGGAUGUACAGAAGUUACAGAAGAUCUUUUCCUGGAAUACUUGGCCUCAUUGGGGGAAUCUAUAUUCAGAGGAGAAUCUUACAAUCUUUUUGACCAUAACUGCAAUACAUUCAGCAAUGAAGUGGCACAGUUUUUGACAGGGAGAAAGAUUCCUUCCUACAUCACUGACCUUCCAUCUGAAGUGCUUGCAACACCCUUUGGACAAGCUUUGAGGCCUCUGCUCGACUCCAUCCAGAUCCAGCCACCCGGAGGAAACACUUUCAGCAGACACAAUGGACAGAGCUAGCAAAUAUCGUGGAAAGUGCCUCCGUUCACCAGGGCUUUCCCUUUUAAAACCCAAAUGUACCAGAUUCCUAUUUUAUUAUUUCAAGCCAGAGUUAACAGCAAGAGGGUGCUCCAGACCGUCCAGCAAGAGUAGUUACUGGAUUGCAUGGGAUAUGAUGCUGCAGGGGUGGGGGAGUUAUAAAGUCAAAAAGCAUUAUAUCUACUUGCUCAAGGUGUGGGGGGGUUGUUUUUGUUUGUUGGGGAGAAUGUCUUGGUUCACUUCUGAUGCUUUUAAAAUUCUCCCUUGCUAAGAAACUGGAGAGUAGAAGCCCCACUGCACAACUUAAAGUGAGAUGGGUGGCACCGAGUAGCCCAAGCCAUCCCUUGGCAGAUUGGCUUUUCUUUUUCUUUUUUUUAACCAUUCUUAGGGUAUAUUUGUGGCAGAUGUAGCCCCAAAAGUGUGAGUCUUGCAAUACUUACAUUCUAGUUAACAGUAACCCAGUAUUAAACUUGAAUAUUCAUUUGUGCUACCUGAAAGGGGGGGGGGGGGUUAAAAACAUUAACUGUGAAGAAAUGUUAUAGGAACUGUGUCUUAAAUUAACAAUAUAAUUUUUCCGUGGCUGAAACCUCCAUGACAAAUGAUUGGAUGGUUUUAUGAUCCUGAUUGCCACCUAUCUCACAGUAUUUCAGCUGGACUGGAAACAAUGUGUGGAGUGUCCAGUUUUGGAGAGAAUUAUCCCUGCAAUUCAUCCAUAGCCAUAUGUGAAGCCCCCUUGGAAUCUGGUGAUGUUAAAAUGGAAAUCUUUAUCACUCUUACCAGUCUUUCCUCCAUGUGAUAAAGGAAAAAUAUGGCAGCUAUGUACAGCUGUACAGCUAUGUUAUUUAAGCACAUGCCUUCUAUGAUGCCAUAGUCUUUCCAUAUGAAAGUGAGGUAGGUGUUGCAGAUGGUCUAAGUUUUGAGGUGGUUCAUGGGCUGUUCAAGCUAGCUGGCAACCACUCCAGAAGUUACAGUCCCAAAUCAAAAUUAGCACCUGUGAUUUAUGAGGUAAAAAGGGAGUCUGCAUCAAACUUUCUUCUACAUUAUAUUUAAAUGAUAUACUACUAAAAAGGAAUGUGCAGUUCCUACGGGAAAGGUGUUGGCACUCCAUCUUCCUCCAAGUAUGUUCAGAAAAUCUGGGUCAGCUGUGCAGGGCAAGGAACAAAUUAUGAUGAUGAUACACUGUCUUUUCCUGGUAAUUAUUUCUUCACUUUAUCUUAUCCCUAGUGACCAUGUUCAGGGAAACAAAAUGGGGCAAAGGCAAUUAGCUUUCAUGGAGCCUCACAGAAGAGACAUAACUUUGUCCCAAACACAACCUGGUCCACUGUAUUGGUUAUUAAUUCUGUUAACUUAGAGCUCUUUGGCCCUGAUGAUGCUCCAAAAAGAUGCACAGUGAAAGCUAUUGUUUGCUCAUGGUUGACAGGAAGGGAAGAGAAUUUUGUUUCGGCUCAAAGAUGGUAAUCGCUUUUGUUGUAUAACAUAUGUAUGAGGAUAGAAGGCAACCCUAGCAAGGUAGCCAAAUUGCCAUCUGUUAGACAUCCUCAUUCCAUCUGUUCACUGAAAGAUUCUAAGGUGACAGGAAAAAAUGCAACCCUACCCCACCACUGAGCUCUUCUCUAGUCCACUUCCCUUUCUUGUUGUGGGAUAAAACUGGACUCUUGUUUGCUGGAACAGGCAGGAGAGGAUGGUGCGUGAAGAGAUUGGCAUAUGAAUAAAUGGAGAGAGGAAUGGACAUAGUGGCAGCAUGAUCCUCUCUUGCUACCUCAACCCUCAGAUGGGAUCUUCACAUGGCAGCCUGACAACCCACUGCCUUUCUAUUCUGCCAGUAUUUUAUACCAGUUUUGGUAGCUGUGGCUACAUAAGAAUGAAUAACACAAAAUCUGUUCCUGAAUAUUCUUAAUAGCAUGUUCUUUUGCUUGCUAUAAAGACAUUUGUCUUUUCUUCUUUACCAGAUACAGGAGAGGAACAGCAGGUGUCAAAUCUUUUAAAAAUGUGUCCUGUUGAAGUUUAUGGAAGCACUGAGUCACUGUCUCUUCAGAAAGUUUUUUCCUUACUUUGAUGCAGCUGGCUCCAAAAUACAUUUACUUCCAAGAAAGCUCCACUGAGGACCAAACUGUGCAUUUUUUAAAGAAUUGUGUCCUGGUUCCUCACAGCCAAACAGCAGCUGUGGGGAAUGGCUAGUUAAAAAACUAAAGGAGAGCCCAAAUGGGUUCAGAAUGCCACCACAGGGGGAGAUAAGACUUGUGCCUUCCCCCAAACUUGUUUUCAUGUGCUGACACAGCACUGGGGUGGAGGGAAGUUUUUGCUGCUCCACGCGAUGUAUUCUCUGCACAUGGAGCAGGAAAAAUGAGGAAAGAACUCCCUGUCCAGUGCUGUUUCAGCCAGGGAAAACUGCUGGGGGGGGGGGGGAGGCAGGAGCCCUCCCUCCGCAGUGGCAUUCUGAGCCCAUUGGGCUCUCCUUCGUUUUUAAAAAGCCAUUCCCCACCACAGCUACUUUGUGGCUGUGGGGAACCUAGACCCACCUCUUUAAAAACCUGAACAUGUAGUUCAGCCCUGGGAUGUUCUUCCAAGUAACUGUGUGUAGGACUGGGGCCUCAGAAGUGCCAAGAUUCUUCUUUUUUUUUUUCCUUUAAACUUGUUUGUUAUCAUCUUAACCAUUCCUUCUGUUUAUUUUUGUGUGUGCCUUUCCCCAGCUGACUAGUCCAUCUGGCCAAGUAGAGAAAUGGAAUGUCCUGGAACUUACUUGAUCACCCUUCUUAGCAUUUUCCUUCCCCACUGCUCCAGGAUUGCACAUCCUGAUCUUCCUUUGUAUGUCUACUUGGAAGCAGGGGUUUUAGCUCUCCAGAAAAUGUGUGUAAGACUGCAGAAUGAGACUUCUGCCGCCCCCGGAGGACUGAAAGGAGUUGAGGAUGAGGUUAUGAAACCUAAUGUCUGUCCUCCCUAAUAUUUCUGCUACAGAGAUGGGGCUUUUGCUAUUCAAUAAUAACCAUUGGCUCUGUUUUAACAUGUGUGCACUACCAAUUUGAGCCUUUGAAACCAUGGGACUCCUAGAAGAGGCUGUGCUUCAAGGCUAGCUCUCCAUUCUAGGGUAGAAGAUAAUUGUAUGUGCCCCCUUACCAGUUAACACGGUUGAGUGUGGGUGGUCAGCAUCUAAGGGGCUGACUGGACCCAGCAUUCUACUUAGUCACAUGUAUUUAUAAGUAUAUAAGUAUGAGAUGUGUAUAUGUAUGUAAAUUGACUCACUUCCCACCUGAAGUGGCUGGCAAUGGGCGGGGGUGGGGUACCUAAGCAGCUCUCAUGAGAGAGCAAAGGCUUGGCCCUAAUGAUGGGUCUGUCAUAUUUCUGGGGAUUCCUUUUUGCCAUUUUAUAACUAAGAUAA